AAAGAUGUCGCGGCCGGGGCCGCCGGCGGCCCUGGGGGACGAGCAGCCCGACAGCCUGGAGGGCUGGGUGCCAGUCCGCGAGGACCUCUUCGCCGCGCCCGAGCGACACCAGCUGCGCUUCCUCGUGGCCUGGAACGACGCGGAGGGCAAGUUCGCCGUGACCUGUCACGACCGUACGGCGCAGCGGCGGCGGCGCCAGGGGAGCCGGCCGGGGCCCAAGCCCGAGCCCGAGCCCGAGCCCGAGGGCCCCCCGGGGAGCUGUGCGGGGCUGGAGGGAGGACAGGCUGCACUCGAGCCGAGUCCGUGCGCGGUCAGCAGCCGGGUUCUUCAACGGCAUGAAAAAGCCAACACCAUGGUGGCAUUAAUGCAAGUCUAUGGAGAGGAAGAUAAAGCAUACCAGGAAUUAGUCACUGUGGCGACCACGUUCUUCCAGUAUUUCCUGCAGCCAUUUAGGGAUAUGCGAGAAGUUGCAACUUCAUGUAAACUUGAUAUUUUGAAGUCCCUGGAGGAAGAUGAUCUGGGGCCUAAAAGGAUAGUUGCCUUGCAGAGAGAAGCCCAAGAAUGGGCCAGACGGGCUGAGGAAGCUAUCGUCUCUAUUCAAGAUAUUACGGUGAAUUAUUUUAAAGAAACAGUAAAAGCCUUAGCAGGAAUGCAGAAACAAAUGGAACAGGAUGAGAAGAGAUUUGGCCAGGCUACCUGGGCCACAGCCACUCCCAGAUUAGAAAAACUCAAGCUGACAUUAGCUCGGGAGACUCUGCAACUCAUGAGAGCCAAGGAGCUGUGUUUAAAUCACAGAAGAGCUGAAAUUCAGGGAAAGAUGGAAGAUCUUCCAGAACAAGAAAAAAAUAUAAAUGUUGUAGAUGAAUUAGAAAUACAGUAUUAUGAAGUUCAACUAGAACUAUAUGAGGUUAAAUUCGAGAUAUUAAAAUAUGAAGAAAUACUGCUUAUUACACAGUUGGACUCUAUUAAAAGACUUAUAAAAGAUAAACAGGAUGAAGUUGUCUAUUACGAUCCGUGUGAAAGUCCAGAGGAACUUACCGUCGUCGCUGGUGUAAUGGGGCUGCAGGACGAGAAGAAUCUGGAGGUGGAGGAACUCAGCCGGCAGCGCCAGCGGCUGGAGUCUAAACGGGGCAGGCUCUGUGCUAGGAGAGCCUGUCUCCGGAGAAGAAGGGAUCAAUGCAAAGAAAAUCAUCAACUCAGAUUACAACAGGCUGAAGAAAGUAUAAAAUAUUUUCAUCAGCAUCAUAGUAUUCAGAUGAAAAGAAACAAGAUAAAAGAAGAGGAGCAAAAGAAAAAAGAAUGGAUAAACCAAGAACGCCAAAAAACACUCCAACGAUUGAGAGCAUUUAAAGAGAGACGUCCAGGUCAGUCUGUACGGAAGACCUCUUGCUCAGAGCCUGUGGCUCCAAACCUGCCAGGUGGACUUUCCCAGCAGACAGGCUCGCCGACCUCUCAGAGGACAGUGGGAAUUCAUCAGUCCUCUGGGAAAACCAGAAGUGCUCCCUCAUCUGAAGUUAGCAAUCUGAAAACCCCCAACUGUCAAGACUGUCCUGGAAAUAUCCCUGUCCAGGUUUCUGUUCCAGUUGGUGACCAGACACACUCCAAAUCCAGUGAGGAACUGUCACCACCACCACCGCCCCCGCCACCCCCUCUCCCACCGCCCCUCCCUGCCAGGUCCUUUUCUUCUCAAUCUGCAACUCGUCAGAAUUUACACCUCAGGACUUCAGUAAAAGAUGAUCAGCCACUUCCUCUAGUGUGUGAAUCACCUGCUGAGAGACGGCAUGCUUCCUCAGACUGUUUUAAAUGCCCAGGAUCUAUGGAUGAGGUGUUGGCCUCCUUAAGGCGUAGCAGAACCCCUCUCCAGAAAGUGGAAGUGCCUGUUUUGCCCCCUCCCUGUGCCUCAGUCAAUGAGCACCUUCUGGCUGCCAUACGGCAAGGGGUCAAACUGAAGAAAGUUCACCCCCACCUUGGCCUGAGCCCCAGCAAGAAGCCAACCAGCGACCUGGAGAGGAGCAUCAAGGCGGCGCUCCAAAGAAUCAAGAGAGUGUCUGCUGACUCUGAGGAGGAGGAGGAGGAGGAGGACAGCGAGGAGCGGAGCCCCCGAGAGUGGGACCAUUAAGCCUUCGUCAAGGCCAAAGGCACCGCACAGUGUGCUGAAGGGGAUGAUGUGGGCCCAGGGCCUGUUCUUGA